AUGAUGGAAGAUGAAAGUAACAAGACUCCUGAUGUAGAUAUAAUUGAGGAUGAAGAUUAUCUGCCAAUAGAUACACUACUACCAAAAGAAUGGGUAGGAAUGCUAAUGAAGCAAAUUACAGAUGAAGAGGUCUCCUCUUCUGCAUUAGAUUUCACUACAUUAAUAACAGAAAAAUUUAUUCUUUAUCUCUAUAAACAAGUAUCGCAUAAUAAAACUAGUAAGCAAUUAGAAAAUUUGAAAUAUGAAAAUGUCCAAAAAGUAAUACUAGAGGAGGAAUUUUUUGUAUAUUUCCAUGACUUCUUUCAAAAGCCUAUGUCAACAUCAGAAGUAAAGUCAAAGGCAACAAAAAUUUUAACCCACCAACAUCAUAUUGGUUCAUUUUAA